AUGGGACUUCUCGCAGAGUCCAAGAGUCGGGGCAAAAUCAACAAGGAUCCCAAUAACACAAAAUGGACCCGCGACACAACGACCUUCGGCCAGAAGAUGCUGCGAGCACACGGCUGGCAGCCCGGUCAGUUCCUGGGAGCCCAGGACGCAGCGCACUCCGGCCUACAUACUGCGGCCAACGCCUCCUACAUUCGCGUGUCCGUCAAGGACGACGUUAAGGGCCUGGGGUGGAGCAAGUCCAAGGAGGACGAGGUGACGGGCCUGGACGUCUUCUCAGACCUGCUGAGCCGGCUGAAUGGCAAGUCGGAGGAGUCCCUCGAAGGGGAGAGGCAGGCGCGCUUGAUCAUGAAGACGAACCAGUACGUCGAGCAAAAGUACGGACCGAUGCGGUUCGUCCGAGGCGGGUUCCUGAUUGGCGAUUCCAUGAAGGAGUUGAUGGGGGAGGAGACGCCCGCCGAGGAAGCCUCGAAUGCGACGAAGAAGGAGAAGAAGAGCAAGAAGCGGAAGGCUUCUGAUGUUGAGGGCGCCGACGAUGACGACGAGAGCGAGUCCAAGAAGGAGAAACGCCGCCGAAAAGAGGAGCGGCGCGCAAAGAGAGCCGCGGCCGAAUCAACAACCGACGACGGCGACGACAGCGCCCGAGCUGACGAGAAGAACAAGAAGAAGUCCAAAAAGGAGAGGACUUCGCCCGAUACGGACGACGCCAAGGCAGACAAAAAGCGCAAGUCCAAGGACAAGAAGUCGUCACCAGAGGACAGCGCCGCCGAUGAGCCCAAGAAGUCGAAGAAGGACAAGAAGGAGAAGAAGGAGAAGAAGAAGCGGAUGAAGGCUGGGGCGGACGAAUCUUCCGAGGGAAGCGCGGACGACUCGGCAGUGCCGACAGGCGUCUCGACGCCCUCGGGAAGCGGCACUGGCACGUCCACGCCGAGAGGGACCCGCAAUUUUGUUCGGUCCAGGUUUAUCGCAGCCAAGCGGCAAGCGAUGUUGGAUACCAAGGCUCUGAACCAGAUCUUCAUGGUCAAGACAUAG